CUGAAACUGUAGAAGUCACAUCACUAAGUGCAUCGGCUGUUCUGACUUCACACGGGGAAGAAUGUGCCUUGAGAAGCAGUGACUGCAAGGAGCUCAGUAGGCAGGAGCUGAUGGGAAUCUGAAGAUUGGAGGAUACAAGAGUCUGCAGAGUUCCCAUGAAAAGUUGAAGUUUUACCCUAUUACAUUUGUGAAGAGAAUGGUUGCAUUGCCCCCACCAAGGACAUAUUUGAUUCUCUAAAUAUGGAAUUUCAUCUCAAAAAUUCCUCUGCUGAUGACUUAGAGGCACAGCGACAACUUAUUGUCCUCCUCUCCAGUCCCCUUUCUGUCUUUAUCAUCUUUUCCAACCUCUUCAUUAUUGUUGGGAUUGUGUUCAAUAAGAAGAUACACAACACAGCCAAUUAUUUCUUCCUUAGCUUGCUGUUUGCAGAUUUACUUACAGGAGUGGCGCUUCCCUGCAUACCCCACAUGAGAUUUGACAAGAAGUUUGGGUAUCAUGUCUGCAUGAUCUCCUAUAUCUCUCCCAAUUUCUUUUUCUUGUCCUUCUUGGCCAACCUUCUAAUGGUUCAUUAUGAGAAAUACCUGUGCAUUAUAUAUCCCUUGAGGUACCACAGCAUUUGGGUGCACCGUUGUGUCCCACUAGCCCUGGUUAUAGCGUGGACCUUGCCAUUGUUUUUUGCCUGCUUGCCUAUGAUGGGUUGGAACAACUGGAAGAUUGAUUCCAAUUGCUCUUAUAAAUAUGUCUUCACAAAUGCAUACAUCUACAUGGAAACCUAUGGCGUAGUCAUCCCCUCAAUCUUGGCAAUUGCCUUUAUCACAGUCAAGGUACUAUCUGUGGCCAGGAAGCAACUAAAGGACAUCAAGAAGCUUCACCGCUCAGUUCAGAGCAAGGCAGCCAUCGAGUUGGAGCACCAGAUGGACCUGAGAUAUGCCCGCUGCAUUGCUAUAGUGUCUUUGACUUUUUUGGUCUGCUGGGUACCCUAUAUUGCAGUCCUCCAGGUCUCGGUCCUGGCCAUUGCUCAUUAUGAAUUCAGCUGGUGGAUUAUCCUCACCCUAACAUGCGUGGGCAGUGGUAGUGCUGCCAUCAUUCCAAUUAUUUUGGGUCUCUGCCACCGGGAGUACACAGAACUGUGGAGGAACCUGUUUAGCAGAUACUGCUGCAAGCGCAGAGAGACCCUUUCCAACCUCCAUGACAUGACUAGCAAGGAAGAGAAGUUGCAGGAUGGUUUGACUGAUGUGAAAUAAUAACUAAACCUUAAAAUAACUGUUUGGUUCUGAAGCAUCUCUACUGACUGAGGAUGGAGGUAGCCAGAAAAGAAAAUAGAUCACGUUGGAUUCAUAAUAGCAGAACCAUACCGCCCAACAUCCCAGUACCAUUAGGUACAACUAGGGCAGUCAUCCUUUAUGGGAGCCCAUACAAUAUUGAGGGAGAAAGUCCAUUGUGCUCUCCAUCUUUCCAGGUUUAUAAGUGCUGUCCAUCCUGCAGCCCUCCAUUAAAAGACUGUUAGGGUUGAUGGAAGUUGUGAUGGUUGUAGAACAAGUGGAGUGAAACAGGUUGGGUAGUAAGUAGGGCCAUGCCCCAGCCAAGGACAGUCCUAAAUUAUUCCCUUCAUUAUGAACCAGACACACAGUUGCAAUUAACUUUCGAGCUCCUGAAAGACUUCUCUUUAUCUGUUCAUUACUCAACCUCCAUUAUGAGGGGGAUUGUUAUCAUGACGAGGAUUAAGCGGUGCAGCUCUAAUGUUACAUUAUAGGACAGUUUCUGCAAGUCCAAGCUACUAAGUGUUGUGUGGAAGUGCUAACUAAUUGGAAAUUCCUAUUUAUUAAAGGACCAAGGGAA